CCCAGAAAUAAAAGCUGGUGACGUGUGUAAUAACGGAAGCCGCGUUCACAUGUUCCUGUAUAUCUCAUCAGUAAUAUCCGGCGCUCUCGGCUACAGGUAUUUUCCGGUGCUGUCAUAAUAAACACACUACCAGACUCGAGAGAAACUUAUUCUAAAAAUGAAUUUCAAAGAAGGAGCGUCGUGUUUGUUUUUAAUCCAAGAGUACAAGCUCGCGUUACCAAAGAGAAAGUGAAAGUUUUUUCCUUCGCGCACAGUCAGAAAGGCGAGCGCGCGCACACAACCACACACACACACACACACACACACACACACACACACACACACACACACACACACACACACACACACACAAUGCCACAUCAGUGUACUUCUUAAAAUGUGUAGAAAGCUCUAUGAGGACAUUCAGCUCAGACAACUUGGACACACUGGAUAUGCGCGCAUCCACACUGACCUUCAUCUUCAUCAUAUCCGAAUGUUCCAUCAUCACCGGUGGAGAUGGAAAUUGUCGGGAUCCUCCAGAGAUCAAAAAUGCAAAGAUAGUGAAAAAUGUCACUCACAGGUUCCGCAUGAACUGUACAGAAGGAUACUCCAGAAAAGUUGGAUCCUCCAACCUUUUUAAAUGUGAAAAUAACACAUGGAGGAACAUUCCACCUCUAGUAUGCAUACAAUUAGUCGGACCGACUCCAUCUGUCUCUCCGUCACAGUCCAGUCUAACACAGAAGGUAACUGGCAUGAAGGAAAAAGGACAAAGCACAACAAAUGGAAAAACUGUGUUCACAACAACACACAAAGCUACCACAACGUCGCAGACAUCGUACCAAACCUAUCAGAGGACCACAACAAUGGAGGAGACAUCUGUGACCACACCCAUUACAGCUAGAAUUACAUCUUCAUCCACGACUGAGAAAGAAAUACUGAUCACUAUGUCCACAUCUAGCAGCCUCAUUACCACAGGAUAUGGAGUCACUGACAAAAUAAAAGACAAUCGAAAACAAAUUUUGGGCAUCUCUCUAGGGAUUGUAGUGCUUGUAAUCCUUGGGGUGGCAGUAGCAGUAGCAGUCCUUUUUAUGUGUCGACGUUCAAAGUCACACAGAGCUGGUGGCAAUCCUGUACAUAUGAAAUGCCUGACACUUGGCUCAGAACAUCCUUUAAUAAUGAACGUCACGAGCAGCGGUGCUCCAGACUCCGUCCAAUCUUCAUUUACUCCUUUUAAAGACGCUUCUGAGAACAUGUAUACAGAUGAUCCUCUAUCUGUUUGAAAUGCUUUCCAGAGCAAGUUAAACGUAACAUAUUACAUGCCUGGACAACAACAUUAUGCAUUAUAUAUCAAAUUUGCAAGCUUACAACAUACAUGCAGCAGAUAUUCUUCAACCCAAUCUAAACUAACUGAUUUGUAAUUAUUAAAUUUCUUUCAUAUUCAUGACACACUUUUGAUGCUUCAUGGCUCUUUAUGUAUUCACUGUAUUUGUUUUACAUGCCCCCUUUUUUUUAAUUGCAUUAAAUAUAGGAUACAUGUAGCUUUUCAUUCUUGUUAAACUGUAAAUAAUGAAUAAAUUCACUUUUUUUUACCAAAAUUUUUAUGUCCAAACCCAAAUGUGUGGUACACUGUGGACACUUUGUUAGAUUUUAUUUUGUUGUGAACCUAUACGUAAAUAAUAUAUAUACUAAAUGUGUUGUGGCUUUUGUAUGUAUCAUGAUGUAAAUGUCUUUUUAAUACUAUUUUUGGACAUGAUAUAUAAAUAAAAUAAUUACAUCAUGCAA